AUGUCAUCAGCCGCCCCCCGAUCUCAACAGCGGCAGCAACAGCGGCAGCCGUCGCGCCCUGCCCCGAGCCAAACCGAAACCACACCAUCCACAACCCCACAGACCCAUACCCAGCCCCAAGCCAUCCUCCGUCUGCGCGGCGCACACGCCCCGACAGGGAGAUCGGUGCAAUGGCGGUCCGACGUGGUCGACAAUGAAGGGCUGGGGAGGAAGAAAUCCAAAGUCUGCUGCAUCUACCACCGCCCGCGCGGCGUCGACGAAUCAAGCGAUUCCUCCUCCUCCUCCUCCUCCGACUCGUCCGACUCCGACUCCGACGCCGAUUCCGAUUCGGGGCGCGCAAGCGGGAGCGGGAAGAAAACCGGCGACGGCAAUCACAAGCAGGGACACGCGCACGACUGCGACGGGCAUCACUCGCAUCGGGGAAGCAGAGGUCAGGGGAAGGCGCGGAGGAAGCGGCGGCCGAGUCCGAAUGCGUACGAGAAGAUGCCGCGGUACGAUAAGCCGGGCAAGGAUGGGGAUGGGGAUGGGAGUGGUGGGAGUGGGGAGGGAAAGGGGAAGGGGGUGCCUGGGCAGGGGCCGCAGGGAGCUUAG